GAUUUGCCUAUAAAUAGAUUAUGAAAUGCAACCCAACAUAAGAGCCAAGACAACUUUGAGUUUAAUUUCUUUCUUCUCAUCCUUAUCUUAUUCAAGGCCAUCUUUCUUGGUGCCUCGAGCUCUUUUCUUGUUCUUCACUUCUUUUUCUUGUUCAAGGCUUUCUUAGUCUCUUGCUGCAAGUUCAUCACUCAGUGCACACAAUCUUACACUCAUGACUAAUUGUCAGAUGGAGAAAUCACUCGUACCUCAAAUCCAGCCCCCAACAUAUGGUAGCCUAGUCACCAUUCUUAGUAUUGAUGGAGGUGGUAUCAGGGGCAUCAUCCCUGCAACGAUCCUUGCGCUUCUGGAAUCACAACUUCAGGAGCUGGAUGGUGAUGAUGCAAGGAUUGCUGACUACUUCGACGUGAUUGCUGGAACAAGCACAGGAGGUCUUGUGACUGCUAUGCUAACUGCUCCGGAUGAUCAGAAGCGUCCUCUAUUUGCAGCCAAAGAAAUCAUGCCUUUUUAUCUGGAGCAUGGCCCUAAAAUCUUUCCACAGACAAGGGGUAUUUUUGGCUGGAUCAUGAGCAUAGUGAGAUCAUUAAUUGGGCCCAAAUACGAUGGGAAAUACCUCAAACGCAUCACAAAGGAGAAACUAGGAGGGACCCGGUUGCAUGAGACAUUGACCAGUGUGGUUAUUCCAACCUUUGAUAUCAAGAGUUUGCAGCCAACCAUUUUCUCCACCUAUGAGGUGAAAAGAUCCCCAUGUUUGGAUGCUCCACUGGCUGACAUAUGCAUUGGUAGCUCUGCAGCACCAACAUACUUUCCUGGCCAUUACUUUAAAAACCAAGAUAAAGAAGGAAAAACACAGGAAUUCAAUCUUAUUGAUGGUGGUGUUGCCGCAAAUAACCCGGCUUUAGUUGCCAUAAGCCAAGUAACAAAACAGGUUUUCGACAAAAACCCAGAUUUCUUCCCAAUUAAGCCCAUGGACUUUGGCCGCUUUCUAGUGAUCUCAAUAGGCACUGGCUCUCCAAAGUCGGAACAGAAAUACAAUGCCAAAAUGGCAUCCAAAUGGGGCGUUUUGGGUUGGCUACUUCAUGGUGGUUCCACUCCUUUGGUGGAUGUGUUCAUGCAAGCAAGUGCAGAUAUGGUUGAUUUCCAUAUUUCCAUGGUUUUCCAAGCCCUUCAUUCUGAAGAUAACUACCUCCGAAUCCAAGAUGACACACUACGUGGAAAAGAUGCUUCAGUUGAUGUCGCAACCGAGGAAAACUUGGACAACCUUGUGAAAAUCGGAGAAAGGCUGCUGAAGAAACCAGUUUCAAGGGUGAACUUGGAGACAGGUCUCUCUGAGCCAGUUGAAAAUGGUGGCACUAAUGAAGAGGCUCUGAAAAGGUUUGCAAAGCUACUCUCUGAUGAGAAGAGACUCCGAGAGACACGAUUACCAAAUCCCAAGAAAGACUUGAAGUAGUGUGACUUUUUAUUGUUCUGGUAUCAGUUCGCGUUGGCUCUAUGUGUCCAAUGGCCAAAGCAUGGCUUGCUGGUAGUACUUCAAAAUAUUGUAAUUUGAAUAAUUCUUUUAUAUUUUCUCCCAAAAGAUUGUUCUAAG